UUUCAGGAGAUGAUGUCACACCUCUGUAUAAUAUAAGCCUCUUCAACUACUACAGAAGAGGGCUAUUUCUGUUUAUACAACAAUCAAUAUGAUAUCUUCAAGGAUGAUAUCAAUGGGCCUACGCAAAUCCCAAAAUGUCAAACAAAUAAAUCUGGUACUAAGUCAGAAGAUGAGCACUCUAAACAUUCCAUCAGAAACACUACCAGCUGCUUUAGAUUCAGUUAAAGCUGUUGUCACAGUCUUACCUGACCAUGCAUGGUACAAUAUGACAGCACACUAUCAAGUCCUUCUGGAUACUGUUCAGGUUAUGGAGUUAGACCACACGUUCUUGAACUCGCCACUUUGCAAUUAUUUCAUUGAUGUGACACAAAGUUGUAUUGAGAAUUUCAUUGAGGGAUUUGCAGUUGACCCAUCAUCCAUUGAGGCUCUGGAAUGCUACCUUAUAGGAGCUGUUGAAAGAUACGACCCUGUCAGUUACGAAAAAGUCUCACCACGCUAUCAGGGUAUAUGGAGCGUGUUAAAACUACAAGCAUUAGCUGUGCAGUUUAUUAGUAGCCUCGUGUAUAAAAGAGGUGUUGGGGUACUGAGUCCUGCUUUCUUAAGUUUAGUGAACUCUGUGAAGAAGAGAAAAGAUAAUAGUAACCAUGGUAACGACACUCACGUGACAAAUUACACGUGCGUCAGAGAAGAAGAAUGCACUUUGCUCUGUAAAUCAUGGGACAUAUACGCAAUGCGAGGGAACCACGAGUCGGGUGAUGUAACACAAAUACUCCUGGACUUGACCUAUGAGAACUGUAAGGAUAUUGACUUUAGCAAGGUUAAAAAGCUGGUCAGUGCAGCACUAAACGAGGAAGUGCACAGUAGUAACCAUGGUAACCUCGGUGAAGUGCCAGAACUUAUCUCUGAUAACAGUUACCUCAGCUUCUUCGUGGAGUUCCUGGUGGGGGAGGUGUUGAUAAACAAGUUCAGAAAUUAUCACAGUCGCACUGAGAGUGUGUCUCCGAGUAAAGCUGCCACAAGUGUUCCUAGUAACCAGAGUUCUGGUAAAAGAUCCACAAGUGUUCCUAGUAACCAGAGUUCUGGUAAAAGAUCCAUGACAAGCAAUCAGGGACCUAACUACAAAAAACUUAGAAACAUUUUCAAUGAUAAUGUUUUCGAAAAGACCCCGGCUCCUACCCCACAAACUACUCCCUUAAAGAAACACAUCACAAAAACGGAAGCAAGACACAGUGUGUCAGGAUACACAGAGUAUUGUCACUGUAGAGGAGAAGAGUCGGGAGUAAUGGUGCAAUGUGAACAAUGCGGAGAGUGGUAUCACGAUGUGUGUAUCAGUCUAACGGAACAAGAGACUCUCAAUAUGGAGACUUACUACUGCACAUCUUGUAGUAACUCUGAUCGUAACCUGGUCACCAAGUAACCUGGUCUCCAAGUAACCUGGUUACCUGGUCACCAAGUAUAAACAAGGUUUAGUCUAGAAGAUGGGAUAAAGAGCUGUGCAGUGUAACUAUUGUACUUCAAACAGAAUUAUUAACCAGUCUUAAACAAACUGGAAUUAUUUAACAUCUUUAUUUUUACUAUUUGCCUUCACACUGUUGCAUACGUGAUCUUGUUUAUUAUUUCCUCGGCAUUUAUAUAUUUGGUGACUUUUAACUUAUGGAUUUUUCUUUUUUUAAUUAUUUUAAUUAAAUUUCUUAUUAUUCAUAAUAUUUCAAGAUAUUUAACAAUUUAAUCCGACUCCCAGAUUUCAGUUAUUUAAAUACAAUGGUUCUACUGGAGCCGUCUUGGUACUCCAAUUAUAGUAUAUACAGUUACUAUUGUAUAUGUCUUGGUACUAUUGUAUAUGAUUUGGUUGAUGUCACGAUUCCUCAUACUGGAAGCAUUAUUGAAGCAUUCUUUCUAUG